AUGAACGUUGCGCGUCCCUCGCCCAACGGCCAUGGUGGUGCAAAGCAAGUCAUGAUGUCGCUCCUCCAUUUCGCCUUGGGGAUCCUCUCCCUCCACGUCCUCGGUCUGGCCGUCGUUGCCUCUCCGACAAAACCACAGCAAGCUGAGCACGACCACGCUCUCGAGGCACGCCGAGUUGAGCCCAGCCCAGCCUACGUCGACCGGGAACGGGAAAUUCACACAAUCGUCGAAUACGAAGUAGGCUGCCCGAAGAACGUGACGGAGCAUCCCGCGUACGGCACGAUUUGCGAGCAGCAAAGCACGUGCUGCGACAACGGCGUCUUCACGCCCCCUGCUAUGCUUGCCCACGAUUGCGGUGGCUGUAGGUGUACGGCAAACUACCGCCACUUUGAAUUAUGCCCAGAGGUAGAGCUGUGA